AAUUGCUCACAUAGGUCUACGGUGUUGUAGUGUCUAUAAGUCAUUCUGGAUGAAAGCUAAAUUACUGGGUUUCCCCCCUUCUUUAAUGUUUUAUCCCCAGGACUCCACGGGCAGCUUCGUCCUGCCCUUCCGCCAGGUGCUCUACUCCCCGUAUCCCACCACGCACAUCGACGUGGACAUCAACACGGUGAAGCAGAUGCCACCGUGCCACGAGCACACAUACAACCAGCGGCGCUACAUGCGCUCCGAGCUCAGCGCGCUCUGGAAGACGGACAGCGAGGACGACAUCCCCCCCGAAACAGUCAUUCACACCGACGAGACCUUCACACCUGACCUGAAUAUAUUUCAAGACGUCAUGCAUAAAGACACUUUGGUGAAGUCGUUUAUAGACGAGGUGUUCAUGCUGAAGCCGGGCCUGUCCCUGCGGAGCACCUAUCUGGCCCAGUUCCUGCUGCUGCUCCACAGGAAGGCCCUCACAUUGCUCAAGUACAUCGAGGACGAAACGCAGAAAGGGAAGAAGCCGUUUCGAUCCCUGCGCAACCUAAAGACAGACCUGGAUCUGACGGUGGAGGGGGACCUGCACAUCGUAAUGGCCUUCGCCGAGAAGCUGAGGGCGGGACUCCACUCGUUCGUGUUCAGCAAGCCGUUCUACACCAGCAUGCAAGAGCGAGACGUUCUCAUGACCUUCUGACUUAUUCCUCCUCUCGCACUUUUAUGUAUCGGCGCUUAAUGGAAGCAGAUGUCUUUGUUUUCUUAUGUGUUACAUCAAUGCAUGCACGCCUGAAUAUGUGUUUGUGCUUUUCUGGAAUGAAGAAAAACAUGUUGUGUCUUGAGUUCAAGGCUUCAAAGUCUAUACUGCUGUAAUGAGCCAUUGCAUUGUACACUUUUCGACCGUUAGCAUAAUGUGAGUUGAAUGUUUUGGGAGGACUUCAAUAAUUCUCUAGUUGAUGAAUUAUUCAUGCGUUCUAUGCCUUCUGUUAAUAGAGGGUCUUCUGUAUUAAUUUAUGGCGUUACAAUUGGCUGCCCACCAGGACAUUUGCAAUUUAACUUAAAAUGAUAUUUAUUAAAAACGUAUUAGUUUCUUCACUGCCUGUGUAAUAUAUAACCUUUUGAACUUUAGAUUUUUAGUUUUUCAAUUAGAUGUCUCUGUGUUGACUGUGAAUGGUGCGAAUCAUCAUAAAUAGGUUCAGAGUAAUCAUAGGAUUUUAUUAAAGAAAAAGAUAGAGCACUGUAAUGAAAUUUGAUUAUAACCCCUCUUGACAAAGCAGAGCUGUGUGUAGCUCACAGUCAUAAAAUAAAAUCAAGCAAUGUAGUUUAGAAGUGAUAAGUAUCGCUUCCAAAAAUGCUAAUGUUUCUGACAUUGUUAUAUGGUGAGUUGAUAAUGUUGUCCAGUUUCCCUACAUUUACAUAUCAUUUCAAUUUGUGACUUUUGCAGACAGUCCAACUACGUUUAUCACAAAUGCAACAAAUAACAGACAUUUUCUCUUCCCUUCGAUAAUCUCUUUGCUUCCUUCCCUUUUACUUUAUCGAUCUUGUUUCAAAUGUGAACUUUUGUUUACUUGUGCAGAAAGAGCGAUGAACAAUAAAGACUCUAUUCAUGUAAAA